CAGCGAACCACGUGCAUCGAAAAAAUGGGGCAUGAAAGCACCGACAUCAUCUCUGAUUGAUCAAUUCCAAGGACGAAGUGCCGGCCCCUCCUCUUCUGACUGAUAACCAACAUUGCUCAGCUAUUCCGUACUACGACGGAGCAUACGCAAAAAGAAACCAUCGUCAACACCCGUCCUCUUCUUUCAUAUCGAACAGUGACUUCCCAGGCGCCAUGUCAAGUCAACCUCUGCUUCAAACUGCGCCGGGCAAGCGCAUCGCGCUCCCGACCCGCGUCGAACCUAAGGUCUUUUUCGCCAACGAGCGGACCUUCCUCUCAUGGCUCAACUUCACCGUCAUCCUCGGCGCCCUCGCCAUCGGCAUGCUUAACUUCGGCGACCGCCCCGCCUUCAUCUCCUCGUUCCUCUUCACGGGCGUCGCGAUGGCCACCAUGAUAUACGCGCUCGUAACGUACCAUUGGAGGGCAAAAUCGAUACGGAUGAGGGGCCAGGCGGGCUUCGACGACCGCUUCGGCCCGACAUUCCUGGCCAUCAUCCUGCUCCUUGCCGUGGUGGUCAACUUCGUCCUGAGGAUUUCCUACUCGGCUCAGGAACACCAUCCUUGAGGUGCGAGAUUUGAAAUACGGCUAUCAUCGAGCAGAGCAACUGCUCUGAGUUUGUUUGGCCAUGGUCUGGACAAUGGCUGAACAUGUUGGGCACUUGGGCAGGAGCUGAGGUUUGGGAUGUCUCGACCGAACGUGGUGAAGCUGGCAGACGGGACUUGUCGUGAAAACGGAAAGGACCUACAUUGGCACUGGAAUAAUGUCACCGGCGUUCUGAUAGGGAUUGGGAUCAGGUUGUUGUCAUAGCAUUGAUUCGCGCA